AUGUUUUUAUUUUUAUACAUAGGUAAAGAAAAUGAAUUACAUCGUACUCAACCAUCACUUACUCGUAUUUAUAUAAUUCGUGGGUUGUUCGGGAAUCGAAUUCAAAAUUUUACUUCUGAUGCUCUUACAUAUAUUCAACCAUUUCUAAAAUGUCUUGAUACUAAUACACUAUAUGAUAAUAUUUAUCCUCGAGGAACAACAUCAUAUGAACAAGUAGUUGAACGGCGAGAAGCAGAAUUAAUUAUUCGUAUUGCAUCAAAUUUACAACACAUGAAGGAUGCUCUUACAAUCAUUGAACAAAUGAAAGACAUUGAUUUUCUUAAUUGUAAUCAAGAAUUUGUUUCUCAAGCUGAAAAAAUGAUUCAAUUAAAUUAUAAUUCAUCUAUUAAUACAUCAACUGAUUGUAUUACAUCAUCAACAAAUACUCAAUGGACUUUAAUGAUUACUUUGGAAACAAGUAUUGAAGCUAAUAUUGAUAAAGAUAUUGUUGAUCAUUUAUUAAGUCGACUUGUCAAACGUAAUAUUUUGAAAAAAGAAACAUUUUUGCAAUCCGAUAAUCGAAAUAAAUAUGAAUCAUAUAUGAAAUACUUACCAAGUGAUCAAUUAGAAGAACAACAAUUAAUCAAUGAAUUAAAUAAAUACAAAAUUUCAUUGAAAGAAUAUCAAGAAAUCUAUCAAACCAGUAAUGUUUGUCCACCUGCUACCAUUAUAACAGCAUAA